CUUUUAAUGGAGAAAAUAGAUCCGUAUGCUGCUCCCGUGAUGAACAAGUUGAAGAGCUACAAGGGAGACUUUGUGUGCAGCUGUGGGGAUGAAAUCGACCAGGAGUUCAUCAGUCUACAUCUCAAUGACUGUUCUGAAAUGCAGGACCAAUACGGGGACCUGUUCCAAGCUCUAAAUGUUCUCAUCGAAGAUUCCCCCUCUAAAGGAACCAUUAACAAUAUUCAGGCAGUUACUACUUUCUUUAGGAAUAAGUUGCAGAAAGUCAUAGCUGAGAACUCGAAACCUUCAACAAUAGAUGAGCAAGGUGCUGCUCCAAUAGAUCACUCUAAUGUUGGACAGGAAGAUGAUGGGCUGUUUAUGAGUUGUACUAAAUGUUGCAAGAAGUUCAAUGACUUUGAUAUGAGCCAAAUAAUCUUCCUAGAAUCAUGCUCACACAUUCUUUGCAAGAGCUGUUUUGAAGAUAUCGUCAAGAGUGAUUACAUCAAGAAACAGAUGGCUGAAUGUCCUCAAUGAAGCUUGCAGAUCCCUGAGUACGAGAUCAAAGGAAUAAUUGGUGAAGAACCCUUUGAGAAAAUUCAGCAUGACUCCCUCAGAGCUGUUGUAGAAGGUGACAAAUCCUUGGUUAUGUGCCCUUGUGGGAAUGCAAUUUCAGUGGAAGAAGGAAAAAUAGACUACAAUGUCAAAGACGACAAAGGAAGAAAGAUCUCAAAAAGAGCAGCCCAGCAUAUGAGCAAAUACAGAGUCAGAUGUAAUGCAUGCAAGCAAAACUUCUGUACGAACUGUAAUUUGCAGCCUUACCAUAUUGGCAAGACUUGUGAAGAACACAAAGAGUUCUCAGAAGCUAUUAAGUGCAGGUUCUGUGGCAAAGCCAUUGAAGCAGGACCAGGAGGCGGAGCAUUCAGAGAUGUCUGUAAUAGCAAAGACUGCAAGAAUAUGAUUAAGCAAUCUUGUGACAAAAUUUUAGAAUGCGGCCAUCCUUGUAAAGGAUUUAUUCGAGAGAAGAAAUGCCUUCCGUGCCUCAAUCCUGAGUGAGUAGAGAAAGACCCAGAUGUUACUAUGGGAGAAGAUGAUGAUUCUUUCUGCUCUAUUUGCUUUGUAUCUGGACUUGGAGAGCAGCCAAGUAUCCAAUUAGGAUGUAGACAUAUAUUCCAUGUUGACUGUAUUGCUGAAAAAGUAAGACAAAAGUGGUCAGGACCAAGGAUUACGUUCUUGUUCAAGACAUGACCAAGCUGUAAGCAAGAGAUAGAAGCUCCUCACCACCCAGAGCUUAAUGAGUUACUUGAAGAAGCAAGCAAAAUGGAAGAGGAAAUAAGGAGUAAGGCUCUUGAAAGAGCAAAGCAUGAAGGAUUAGAUAAGGAUGAGCGAUUGAAAAAGCCUGGUGAUGCAUAUUACAACAACCUGGAAGCAUAUGCAAUUGCAAGGCUAUCUUAUUACACAUGUUACCAGUGCAAAGUUCCAUACUUCGGAGGUCUUAAAGAUUGAGGAAACUUAUUAGAAGCUGAAGCAAAUUUCAAGGAAGAAGAACUAGUUUGUGGUAAAUGCUCCUCUAAGCAUCUUGACGGAAAGGUCGACUGACCCAGUCAUGGAACUGAUUAUAUUGAAUUCAAGUGUAGAUAUUGCUGAAGUCUUUCACAGUGGUUCUGCUUCGGAACAACACAUUUCUGUGACCCUUGCCAUAGAGUAGCCGGAAAUAACAAAAUUGCUCCUUGCCCAGGAGUGGAUACAUGUGGUCUCAAAGUGCCACAUCCAGAUAAUGGGGAAGAGUUUGCACUUGGAUGUGGUCUCUGUAGAAAUUCUGAGUUUAAAGAGUUCUAAAGAUACAGGCCAUAAGCCAUGACUUUUUCUUUAGCCUAUCAUUCAUCAAUAUU